AUGUCAGACUCCAUCGCAUUCUCCCCGGGUCCCUACCACAUCAUCUCCUAUGGAGCCCUCCUAGGAACGACGUUCUUCCAUGUAAGUCGCCACCACAAUCCGGAUCCUGGAUCAAAGUACCCUAACAGGCCAAAUAAGUCCUUUGUAAACGGCAUCACAAUGUUCCGCGUCCUCGAGCGGCCGGCCUUUGCAACCGCCCAAAACGCCCUGUUCCCCGUCUACUUCACCAUUCAGACGGCUCUCCCCGCCCUUAUGGCCCUCACCUACCCGGGCAGCCGCGGCCUCCUCGGCGAGCAGGCCAGCAGCAUCACCGGCCUCCUCCAGGAGUCGAACCGCUACACCGCCCUGCUGCCCAUCGCCACCAUGUUCCUCACGGGCCUCGUCAACCUUGCCGUCGUCCUGCCCAAGACCGUGACGGUCAUGAAGGCUAGAUAUGCCCAAGAGAAGAAGGAUGGAAAGAAGAGCUACGACGCCGCGCCGCAUUCUCAGGAGAUGCAGGCUCUCAACAAGUCCUUUGGCAAGCUUCACGGCAUCUCCACCCUAAUCAACCUGGCUGGCUUCAUUGCUAUGAUCCAGUACGGUUUCUCGCUAGCAGCUCGUCUUGACUAA